UCUUGGAACCUCCUCCUUUUUCUGAAGAGCAAAAGCUGUAGAAGAAGGAGGGCAACAACAAUGGCGGAGAAAGGAGGAUUCGGGUUUACACCGACCACCGCUAAAAAAUCCAGCCUCAAACAACCCGUCGCAGAGUCAGCAGCAGGCACCACAAUGGCAAAAUUCCUUUGGUCGAUCUAGAAUCAGAAUCUUUGUGUAAGUAUGGAUUGUGUUGACGAGAGUAAAUUAUCAUGGUGCAGUGUCUAGACGGAUACAAGCAUUUGUGGGCUUUUGUUUUAAAUUGUUUUAAUUUGGAUUUGUAUAAGCAACCCGGACUUGAAGAUCCUGAAAUUCUCGCAAGCGAAACUGUCUUUAGUGUAAACGAAAUAGAAGCGCUCUACGAGCUGUUCAAGAAGAUUAGUAGUGCUGUAAAUGACGACGGACUGAUCAACAAGGAAAAGUUUCAAUUAGCUCUGUUUAAAACAAACAAGAAGGAAAGCUUAUUUGCGGGCCGGGUUUUUGACUUGUUUGACACAAAGCACAAUGGGAUAUUAGGUUUUGAAGAGUUUGCCCGUGCUCUUUCCGUCUUUCACCCCGAUGCUCGUGUUGAUGAUAAGAUUGAGUUUUCAUUUCAGCUAUAUGAUCUCAAGCAGCAAGGAUUUAUCGAGAGACAAGAGGUGAAGCAAAUGGUAGUUGCCACACUUGCUGAAUCAGGAAUGAAUCUUUCAGAUGAUGUGAUCGAAAAUAUCAUCGACAAGACAUUCGAGGAAGCCGAUACCAAACAUGAUGGGAAGAUAGAUAAAGAGGAGUGGCGAAACCUUGUUUUACGACAUCCUUCUCUGUUGAAGAAUAUGACCCUUCAACAUCUCAGGGACAUCACAACUACAUUCUCGAGCUUUGUGUUUCAUUCUCGAGUCAAGGAUACUUGAGAUCAGAGCCGUCUUAUGGACUAGGCCAGCUACGCUGUUGCCUAGAGCCUCAAAUUGUUAGGGCCCAA